CAAACAGAACAAUUUCAUUUGUUAAAUUGUCCAUGAAAACCUGAUGUUUAUCUUAAAAUGUCAUCAAAAUGAAAAAGCAAAACAAUUAUAAAGAAGUUUGAAAAAUCCCAUUAUAGAAAAAAAAACAUUCAACACUUAUCGGCCAUGGGGUAUAAACUUUAUAUGCUGCUACAUGUGGUUUCAAUCACAACACCAAUUUGGGCAGCUUUUAAGGAUUUUGUCAUAGAAAAUGAGAGUGAUUUAGAACGUUUCGGCUUAAACAAUAACGAUAUGAUGUACGAUGACGUGGACUUAGAAUAUCAGAUGCUAAAUGAUGACAUUUAUGACGAUGUAGAUUCUUCUUAUGGUGCUCUCGCCAGCAGUUGUGGAGACUAUGGUGGUAUGAGCAAUAGCUAUGAUAUAUUCAGAAGCUAUGACGAAGAUGUUAAUGAUUUGUCUAUGCCUGGCUAUGAGCAUCAAAUUGAUAAGAAUCUUCUUAGAGAGAUUAUACGUCAAUUAGCUAAUGAUCCACGUUUUCAACACUUAAAGGAACAUUUAACGGAGGAUAAAUUACUAUUGAGCUAUAAAGAUGAAGAAAGGGAUUAUGAUGAAAAUUUGCCAUCACCAAAUUAUGUGGAUUAUUAUGAGGACCAUUAUAAUUUGUUUUGAAAUUAUGAUCAGAAAAAUCCUUUAUUUUUUGUAAAUUUAUCUUGUAAUCAGAACCGAUUAAAGUAAAAUAAACUAGUAAAAUAUUAA